GCCUAUCCUCUUUGUGGCGGAAAUAUUUACAGAAACAUAAUUAAACUUCAUGUUUAGGCUGAUGGCUUUGCCAAAGCCUUUAUAAAUUAAAAAAAAAAAGAGAAUAGAAUAGUGCUCGUCUUUUAUCUUAGAAAUAGUUAACGAAUUAAUUUAUUUUAAUUCUCACUUGACCAAUGAUACAACGUAUUACCUAAUUGAAAGUAGUUCACUAAGUAGUCUGUGAUUUCGACAGUCAAACAAUGUGAUAUUAUCCAAUGUUGAUAUCUAUAACCAAAGUACAUACUUAGUGUUUGUAGUGAUGGAAAUUGGGCAUAUGUGACAAAACUUCCAGACUGCCACUCCAGAGUGUCUUCGUACUGUAAAAUAAUGAGUUCUGGAAAAGGUACUAGGUUGAACGAGGAGGAUCGCAAGCCUUUGCAAGGUGGAGGAGACGCAACGAGCAAGAUGUGGGGCUCACCGCGGCGCGCGGCUCUCGACGUGCUGAUGAUCGGGUGGGGACUGGGUACAUGGCUCGGGGUCAACGGUCUGUAUGUUCAGUUGCCACUGCUCGUGCAGCGACUGCCCGAAGGCUGGGCUUUGCCCGCCUCCAUGGUGGUGGCCGUGCAGCUGGCUAACAUUGGGCUGCUGCUGUUCGCACUCCUGAAGCGACUGCGACCGCGCGCAGCAGAGUCGCAAUAUAUCUACGGAUUGCUAGUGAUCGGUACGUUGGCGCUGCUGCUCAACGCAUUCCUAUACCCGCGAACAGUUCUCAUCGGAAGCACCGACCGCUCCUUGGCUUUCCUCACGCUAACUUUCUUCGCCGCGCUCGUUGGCUGCACCAGCUCCGUGCUGUUUUAUCCGUACUUAAGACAUUUCCGUGACGUUUACCUUGUCACGUACCUCAUCGGUGAAGGUCUGAGUGGUUUCCUGCCGAGCAUAAUCGCGCUGGCACAAGGUGUGGGCGGCGAACCCACCUGCGUGCUGGGGCCCGACGACUCCGUGCAUCAAGUGGACCCAGACCCGCGGUUCGGCAUCACCGUGUUUCUGCUCGCACUGACUGUACUGUCGGCCAUCAGCCUGUUCAGCUUUACGGCCAUUGAUCGGUGGAAGAGGUUUGAUUCCGAGCGUGUGAUGCCGGCUGUUGCCAACAAGGACGAGGAGGCGACUGCGCUGCGCGAGUCACUUCUAUCGCCGCGCUGGCUUGGCGUGCUCGUGCUAAUGGCGGUGCUGAACGCAUUCGCAAACGGCGUGCUGCCAUCGGUACAGUCAUACUCGUGCAUGCCAUACGGCACGCAGGCGUACCACCUGGCGGUCACGUUAGGUGCGAUGGCGAACCCGGCGGCGUGCAUGGCGGGCGUGUGGCUGCAGCCGAUGCCUGCAAAAGCGCUCGCCGCCAUCCUCGCGCUCAACUUGGGACCGUUGACAUACAUUUUGGCCACGGCGCUGCUCAGCCCUACGCCACCGCUGCAGCACUCGGCGUUGGGCGUGACUCUAAUCGUGGUGUCGUGGGUGAUAGUGAGUGCGGUGGUGUCGUACUCACGCAUGUGGGUGUAUGUGUGGGCACGGGUGGGGGGCGCAAGAGGAAUGCGCGCGGUGGGCGUGGUCACGCAGAUCGGCUCGUCUCUCGGCUCGUUGCUGCUCUUUUUCCUCGUCAACUACACCGGUCUUUUCACGCAGUACGAAGUGUGUAUGGCUCCCGUGCACAGCAAUUAAACAAUACAAUAAUGAUUAGGUACUUAUAGGCUGUUAAACUUAAAAAAUAUAUAUU